CAGCAGCCGCAGGCCUGGUGCUCCGGACGGCUCAUCCCUUCUGUCACAGCUGGAUGACGCCAUUAACGGCCCAAAUGGACUUCUCAGACGCGUGGCCAUGCUCGAGAGAGGGAACGCGACCGCUGCCAGCACGACUGCUGUUAACACCCUGCGACGCAGAGUAAAUAACCUUACCGGAAGGGUGUCCCGGCUGGAGUCUUCUCUCACGAGGCUUCGGAAUAGUCUGUCGACGAACGAAUGUGCCAGCAACCCUUGCCGGAACGGCGGAACCUGUGAAGACAAGUAUAACGGCUUCGUGUGCCGCUGUCCGUCUAACUGGCAGGGUACUUUUUGUGAUGUUGACGUCAACGAAUGUGCAAAUUUUGCUGGAACAGACCUGGGAUGUCAAAAUGGAGCUACCUGCAUUAACAAACCAGGCACAUAUGAGUGCCACUGCGCACAGGGCUUUUUCGGCCUGCACUGCACCCAGAGGAGUAACGACUGCGGGACGGCAUCUGCGUCCGAGCUGUGCGGACACGGCCACUGCCAGACCCGAGUGGGUGGCGGCUACGACUGCCUCUGCCACCAGGGCUGGACUAAAGGGAAUGGAAUUUCAUGCACUCAAGAUGUGGAUGAGUGUUCAAGUAGUAGCCCAGCAUGUUCCAGGGAUCCACCUGUACCGUGCAUUAAUGUACCUGGGUCAUUUCAUUGCGGUUCUUGCCCAACAGGCUACACUGGAAAUGGGUUUUAUUGUCUGGACAUUAAUGAAUGUGAGCAAAAUAAUGGAGGAUGCAGUCUCCAACCCUAUGUGCAAUGUAUCAACACAAAGGGUUCUCGACGUUGUGGUGAAUGUCCAGCUGGCUACCAGGGAGAUGGUAUAACAUGCACUCGAGUUGGCAUCUGUAGCAUCAACAAUGGAGGCUGCCAUGUACUUGCACGCUGUGUGGAGAACUCUGCUAUUGGCCAAAGUUACGCUCAGUGUUUGUGUCCAUCUGGUUAUGUGGGUGAUGGGAUAGGCCCUAACGGAUGCACACCAAUGCAUUCAGGUGGUGGGCCAAAUCCAUGUGCAAACAAUCCAUGUGGCUCCAAUGGUCAUUGUAUUCCUGCACCUGGAAACUCAUACACAUGUAGCUGCCUGCCAGGAUACACAGGUGUGAGGUGUACACAGACAGUUGAUGUGUGCAGCCCCAAUCCAUGUCAAAAUGGUGGCACCUGUAUGCGGCAGGGUCUUACAGGAUUCACUUGCAUGUGUACAAGCAGCUUUACUGGGGCUCACUGCCAGGAGAGACAACAACGAUGUGGUGGCUUUCUACCCAAUGAAGCAGGCACCCUCACUUUCCCUGAUUCUAGUUCAAGAUCAACAAGCUAUCCACAUGGUAUGAGCUGUGCUUGGGUCAUUAUCACAAACAGCACGAAAGUACUUAAUGUCACCUUUACCAAUUUUCACUUGGAGGGUUCUGCUGGGUGCACCUAUGACUGGCUGCAGGUACAUGAUGGGAGGUCUGCAGGAGAUCAGCUUAUUGGCCGUUUCUGUGGUGAUACACCUCCUGGAGGUGGGCAUCUGAUUUCUACUCAUAAUGCCCUGUAUUUAUGGUUUCGCUCUGAUGGCAGCGUGAACAGGGAGGGAUUCUCAUUAACAUGGAAUUCAGUGCAGCCUGUGUGUGGUGGAAUUAUUAUAGCACAAUCGCAUGGAAGUCUGCAGUCUCCGGGCUCACCAGGAAAUUACCCACAGAACAGAGACUGUGCCUGGAUUAUCAGGGCUCCUCGGAGUAAAAGAAUCCAGUUUCAUUUCUUCUCACUUCGAAUGGAGAAUCACACCACCUGCUCUUUUGAUUUUCUCAGGUUCUAUGAUGGACUUUCUGAACGUGAUCCAAUAUUUGCUGAAUUCUGCAAUUCAUCAGAACCAGAGCCUCUAAUGUCACCAGGAAGCACUGUUACGAUUCACUUUCAUUCAGACAAUGAAAGCAGCGACACAGGUUUCCAGAUUGCAUACUCCACAGUUCCAGGGAUGUCUGGUUGUGGUGGACUGUUUACGGAUGCUGAGAAAACAAUUACAUCACCCAACUAUCCACAGCAGUAUCCUCGUAAUAUUGACUGUGAGUGGACAAUACGUCUACCUCCAGGAGAAAGACUAAGCAUUGAAUUUACUGACUUUGAACUGGAAGAUUCAAGAAGCUGUAUAUUUGACUUCUUGGAGCUGAGAGAUGGAAAUUCAGAGGAAUCUCCACUGAUUGGUCGCUACUGUGGAGUGUACGGACCACCUACCUUUUUGUCAAACAACAACAAACUCUACCUUCGUUUCCGGACAGACUUGUCAAUAACCAGAAAAGGCUUUAGCAUGAAAUAUCAUGCUGUUUGUGGUGGUACAAUAACUGCUCCAUCUGGACAAAUACAUUCUCCACUGUAUCCAAAUGUAUACCCCAACAGCAAACACUGCAUUUGGCAAAUCGAGCAGCCACUUGGAAAAGCCAUUGAACUUAAUUUUGUUGAUUUUGAUUUGGAAGCUCUCUUCUUCAGGAGAUUACAUUCACUGUGUCCAUAUGAUGCGUUAGAGAUUCAUGAUGGACACAGCAAACAAUCUCCACUGAUUGGACGAUAUUGUGGCAGUGCCAACCCACCAACUAUUAUUUCCACAUACAACCAUCUUUGGAUGGAAUUUACUACAGAUCAGUCCAGACAAAAGCGUGGAUUUUUGGCAAAUUACACUACAAUAGAUACUGGAUGUGGUGGCAUCCUGAAAGGAUCCAAUGGAACAUUUGAAUCUCCACGAUAUCCAAAUUCUUAUUCACCUGGACAAACCUGCCGAUGGAUUCUUGCAGCACCGCCAGGGAAAUCUAUCCAACUUACAUGGGAUUCGUUUGCAUUGGAAGAAGGAUUUGAUGAGGACUGUGACUUUGAUUAUAUUGAAGUAUAUGAUAAUUCCUCAUUUGGUGCCUCAAAUAUGGGCAGGUUCUGUGGUGAACGACUUCCACCAGUGUUGGUCACCAUAGGAAAUGUAAUGACUGUUGUGUUUCAGUCUGAUCAUAGCAUUAAUUACCAAGGAUUUAGUGCACAUUACAAUCAAAUAGACAUUUCAACAACAUGUGGUCACACUUUCCAUUCAACAAUGGGUGCUAUCCAGUCCCCACGAUAUCCACAAAAUUAUCUUCCUGGUCAGGACUGCACUUGGAUCAUCUCCAUUCCAGUUGGUCAGCAGAUUAUGUUAAAUGUCACAGACUUUGAGCUGGAGGCAGGCAGUUGUAAAUAUGACUAUCUGGAGAUCAGAAAUGGAGGCAAUGCCCUUUCACCAUUAGUGGGCAAAUUUUGUGGUACAGCUAUACCAAGGACAAUCCCAUCACACAGCCAUCUCAUGUUUAUACGCUUUGUAACAGACUAUAGUAUUCAGAGGAAAGGUUUCCGUAUCACAUGGGAUGGCACAGCAACAGGAUGUGGUGGAAUUAUGACAAGCCCUUCAGGAUCAUUUACUUCUCCUAAUUAUCCACAAAACUACCAUGAUGUUUCGUUAUGUACCUGGAAGAUAUCAACAAGCAGGGGAAGCAUUCUACAGCUUGUCUUUAUUGACAUAGAAAUGGAAGAGAUCGGUGACUGCUACUAUGACUUUGUUGAGGUUCGCGAUGGAAAGGACCCAUCUGGCCGACUCCUGGGAACAUAUUGUUCCAGUUCACACCCAGCGUUUAUCCGGUCAUCUUCCAAUCACAUGUUUGUUACAUUCAAGUCUGACUUCAGUGGUAGUGGUCGAGGGUUCCACGCAAAGUAUGAUACUGUUUGCAACUUAGAUCUUCGUGGUUUCCAUGGAGUGAUAGAGAGUCCAAACUUCCCAGAAAUGUAUCCAAAUUCUCUGGACUGCACAUGGAAUAUAAAGGCUCCACGUGGUCACAAUGUAUCUCUUGCAUUUUCACACUUUGAACUGCAGGAUUCUGAAAGACGGUGGUUCUGGCGCAGGCGAUGGCAGACAACUCCUGCAACACCAACAUGUGGUCUCGAUUUCCUUGAGAUCAAGGAAUCUUUCAAUGAUGACACCACUCAAAACACACUUCUUAAAGCAUGUGGCUCUCAACUACCAGCACCAAUAGAGAGUCGUAUGAAUACAGUUCAGGUCCAUUUCCACACAGAUGAUUUUAGUUCUUUCUCAGGUUUUCGUCUCGAGUGGAAUGUCAAAGGAUGUGGUGGCCAUCUGGAGCGACCUUUUGGAGAAUUUACAUCUCCUUCAUAUCCUAAUCACUACCCAGAUAAUGUUCUAUGUGAGUGGCUCAUCACUGUUGAAUGGGGCAAUAGUGUACAACUCACCAUUGAAGACUUCAGUAUGGAACGCACCCCAGACUGUGGUUUGGAUUCACUCACGAUAUAUGGUGGUAUAGAUGACACAGCACCCCAACUCACCCAGCUCUGUCAUACCCAAGAAAAAGCAAUGAACUACUCAUCAUCUGGAAAUAAUAUGUUUAUUCGAUUUGUCAGUGACUGGGUUUAUUCUGGUAGAGGCUUUAAAGCUUCUUAUAAGACAGUAGCAUCACGUUGUGGUGGUCAUUUAACGACUCCAAAAGGGUCAAUUCAUUCAAGCAAUUAUCCAAACAAUUAUGACCCCUAUGAUGACUGCAUGUGGCUGAUUGAAGUUGACACUAAUCAUCGAAUCAAUUUUACAGUCAGUGACAUUGACAUGGAAUCCAGCUCAGAUUGUUAUUAUGAUUACCUUGCAAUUUAUGAUGGUUCAUCAACAGACAAUGAGACACAAAUGUUAGCAAAACUCUGUGGCUCUAGCGCACCACAACCAGCGUGGUACCUUUCUACCUCCAACAGCAUGACGAUAAGAUUCAAGAGUGAUGGUUCUCGCUCUUCAAAAGGGUUUCUGGCAAAUUACAGUGUGAUGUGUGGUGCGAGAAUUGUGACUGAAGAUGCUGGUCAAAUUUCACUGGAGGACUUUGUCAAUGCUUCACCACAUGCUAGUCGCAACUGUACAUGGACAAUUGUUGGUGCGUCACCUGAUGAUCGUGUGACACUUACCAUAACCCACCUGGACUUCCCACAGACUAGUGGGCCUGACUGUUAUCCAGAAUAUUUAGAGAUUCGCGAUGGUGAAAAUGUGAAUGCUACACUGCUGGGGCAGUACUGUGGUUCCAGAAUACCACCACAUAUUACCAGCCAUGGCAAUGCACUCUUUCUUAAUGCUUUUACAAUGAGUGGUGUACAUGAUGGUAGAUUUAUUGCAUUUUAUUCUGUUGCAAGAUCAGCCUGUGGUGGAGAUUUGACAUCUGAGUCUGGAUCCUUUGCAACUCCUGGCUACCCAGGCAGCUAUCCUCUGGAUGUAGAGUGUGUAUGGUCUAUCAGGACUUCACCAGGAAAUAGUGCUAUUGUGACAUUUUCUCAGUUCUCACUUGGCGGUAGUAACUGUGAUGAAGACUAUGUUGAAGUUCGCCGAGAGAGUGGUGGUGGUCCACUUAUGGGCUUAUAUUGUAGUGACUCACCGCUACCAUCUAAUCUGACUGCUGCACACAGUAUCUGGAUGAAGUUCCGUAGUGGGACAGCUGGCCCACCAGGAUCGGGCUUUUUGGCUUCUUAUCAACUGUUGCAUGGUAACAACUUGGAAGGACCAUCAGGACAGCUGGCAUCUCCACUCUAUCCUCAACCAUAUACAAAACAAGGUGUAUUCAAUUGGAGAAUCACUGUUGACUUUAACCAUGUUAUUACCCUGACAUUCAAGAAUUUUUUCAUCCCAACAUAUUUUGGUGGCUGUUUGUAUUCCUCAUUGACAGUGUUUGAUGGUUAUGAUGAGACUGCACCUACACACACACAGUUCUGUGGUGGUAGAGCUCCAGAGUCAUUUACUUCAACAUCAAAUAUUAUCUAUAUUGUGCUGACAACUCAUGGUUCACGUGAAGGGGCCUAUUUUCUUCUUGAAUGGCUACAGGUCGAGCAAGUAACACAGAUCUCAGAUUACUUAGCUCCACCUGUUAAUGCAAGUGGUUGUGGAAGCACCACUCAGCUUGGAGACACAUUUAAUACUUCACAAGUGAACAUUUCAUCACCAAAUUUUGGGUCUGGAUAUGAACCAAUGGACUGUGUAUGGAUAUUUGAGACACCCCCUACCAGCCAUGUAGCUGUCAAAAUCAGGACUCUUGAUGUACGCUCAUUUUCCAGUUGGUGUCACAGUGCUAAAGUUCAGAUAUUUAGUGGAAAACUUGGAACACAAGACUGGACUCUUCUGGUAGAGACUUGUUUAAGCAAUGCAUCAUCUCUUGGAUACAUCCAUGGUUCCAGCCUUGUUAAAGUUGUCUUCCACACAGAUUACAGGUCACGUGAACACGCUGGUUUUUCAGCUACUGUCUAUAGAGACUGUGGAGGUUCUUUGGAAUUGCCGUCUGGUGUUCUGGAAUACAGUCCACAAAUUCCAGUUAUAGUAUCCGACAAUUGGGCAAGUAGCGUUGUAUGCCAGUGGAAUGUAACAGUACCAGCUGGCAGGAAUGUAUCUGUUACUUUUGAUCGUUUUGAUAUACCUGCUGGAGUCCAUGGAACUGGCUGUGACCGGAAUGAAUUUCUUAUGUUGAAAAAUGGUGGCUCUGAAGACUCACCGCUCUUGGGAAGUGGCAAAUAUUGUGGGCCAAAACCAACUGAUCAGUUGCAAACAACAGGCAACAAAUUAUUUGUCAAAUUUGUGGGACAUCGGCGUUCAGAGGGUUUCAAGAUCAAGUUUCAGCAGGUGUCACACUCUUGUGGUGGUAACUAUAUAUUGACAAGGGAUAUGAGAAGUGUGACUAUUAGCUCACCAAGAUAUCCACAAAUUCCACCACCCCACACUGAGUGCAUCUAUGUAUUCACAGCACCUGCUGGAGAGGACCUGCAGAUAGAGUAUGCGGAACACUUUGACUUGCGUGGAUAUGUAUCAUCUGGUUGUCCUGAGGAAGGUAUUGAAGUGCGUGAUGGAGGAACACUUGCUGCCAAAAUUGUGGGCGUAUUCUGUGGUACAGUUGCCCCAAGCACAUAUACUACUUCAUCUAAUGUCCUUCACAUUCGGUUUUAUACUACCACCAACAAUCCUCAUACUGGUUUCCAGGCAACUGUCUCAAUUGGAAAGUGUGGUGGUACACUAAGAGCAUACAGAGGAGUAAUAAAAUCACCUGGUUAUCCAGGGAAAUAUGAGAGAAAUAUCAAAUGUGAAUGGAAUGUUCGUGCUCCAUAUGAUUACUAUUACAUUCUGAAUUUUCAACUUACGGACCUGGAUUUGCCUGGCUAUGGUUAUUGUGAGGGCAAUGACAAUGUCACAGUCUCACAAAUACUUCCAUUCAAUGAUACUGCUGUGCCACUGGCAACAUACUGUGGGCCUAUGGAAAUUGUCAAUGACAAUUUGCUUAAUCUACAAACAACUUACUCAAGAGCCCGUGUCACUUUCAUGACUUCUGGAGCGAGAGGUUACAGUGAUUUUGCUUACAAAGGAUUCCGUUUUACUUUCAACACUACUUGGAAUCGGUGUGCCCAGGAGCUAACAGGGCCAGAAGGUGAAGUAACAAGUCCUGGAUACCCAAAUGCAAGGGAUCGAUUUCAAUCAUGUCAGUAUGAAAUUACAGUUCCCAAAGGCCGCCGUGUUUCCCUUGAUGUGCUUGACAUGGACCUAGACAAUAGCCUAAUGUACAACAGACCUGCCAGCUUUAUAUCAGUAUCUGAUGGUGGAGAGCGUGGUGUGACAUUAGCACGACUGACUGCUCAGAAUGUUUCUGCCCAUAUUGAAACCUUUUCCAAUCGUGCAACACUUCAUUACUAUAGUCGCAAAACCAGUGGACAUCGUGGCUUUAAACUGCGCUACUCAUCAAAUGAACAACAAGUAUGUGGUGGCACCUUAACACCUCUUGGUAGUGGUGUCUUGUCCUCUCCAGCUAGUAACGGUAGUGCUUAUUAUUGUGAAUGGCAAUGGGAUGCUUCACCAGUAUUGGGAAAUCAGACUGUUGCAGCAAGUACACCAACUGCAAAAACUUUCACACUUAAGCUUCUAAGUGUUAAUGUUUCUGGUCCUUACGAGGGCUUCUGUAGAUGGUGGUAUAGUGGAAUAAAUAUCAUAACAGGUGAAAUCAGUGUGUCAGUGUGUAAAAAUAUUACAUCACCAACAUACUUCAGCAGCCCAUUUCCAACAACCAAAAUUGUGGCCAGGCAGGAUUCCAUUGGAAAUUCGCGCACAUUACAGUUCUCUGGUCAAUAUUCUGUUUCUGAUUGUGGAGGAGUAAUACUUGGACCUGAGGCAAAUAUUACAAGUCCUGGUUACCCUUCACCACCAUCCAAAAACAUUCAUUGUGCAUGGGCUGUCACAUAUCCUGAAGGACAACGGAUUAAGGUGCAUUUCUACCAAGUGAACUUUCGUGGAGGACCUGGAGAAGAACAUUAUUUUGCCAUUCAUAAUGGAGGAAGCAUUGAUUCCCCAGAGAUUGUGCAUUUAACAGCAGGUACAACCACUGCAACAGAUGUAAUUUCAGAAAGCAACUAUGUCUGGAUUGAAUACCACACAGGCCCCAACCCUUCAGGGCCUGGCUUCAGUCUACACACAUCUCCAGUAAUUUCAGGCUGUGGUGGAAUCCUACAUGAUAACAACCGAGAACUUGUGUCUCCCAACUAUCCAAAACAGUACCCAAGUAACAGUGAAUGUGAUUGGGAUAUUCGUAUUCCUGAUGGCUAUCAUGUUAAUCUUACUUUUAUUGAGCGCUUUCAACUGGAAAACAGCACCAAUUGCCAGAAGGAUUAUGUUGAGGUUUUUGACUAUGUUGCAUUGCAGUGGCUAUCCCUUGGACGUAUAUGUGGAAGAGCAGGUCUUCAGCAGUUCAAUUCAACAGGAAAUCGAAUGAGGAUCCUUUUCAGAUCGGAUGAUGCUACAAAUGGUGACGGCUUUAAGGCCUUAUGGAAUUAUGCAUGUGGAGGAAUUAUAUCAAACAGAACUGAGGGAACUCUUAUGUCACCUGGUUAUCCAAAUGGUUAUGCUCCAGACCUUACUUGUAAUUAUACCAUCGUUGCACCAGGUCAUGUUAUAGAAGCUCACUUUUUGGAUUUCAAUAUUGAAAGAGGACGUGAUGAUUGCUCAUUUGACAAUGUCACACUAUUUGGUGCAUUGCGUAGAUGGGAAAAUAUACCAACAAGUUUGGGAACAUAUUGUGGCAGGGAACCACCAUCUUCUGUCACAUCCAGAGACAGAUUGUCUAUCAUUUUCAGGAGUGAUGAAUACAUUUCUAAGAGUGGUUUCUUGCUCAAGUACCAGGUUUACACAUGCGGAGGUGUUAUGUCUUCUCCUGGAAUAAUCAAGUCUCCUUGGUCAAUGCAACAACCAGAUGAUUAUGCAAUGCUGAACUGUACAUGGCAAAUUCUUGCACCAGCAAAUAAAAUCGUUGUUCUUAGAUUUUCAGAAUUCAGCAUGCCUGCUGACACACACUGCUACUUCUCAUCAGCAAGGUUGGAAGUCUAUGAUGGUAAUGCCACAGACACUGGAAAGCGUCUGGGGCUUUUCUGUUCCAACCUCACAGAUGCUCUCCCUGUUAUUUCAUCCACCAAUAACUCAAUGGCAGUCAGCUUCCUCACAUACUCAUUCCAGCCAGCAUCUAAUUUUACUGCCGAAGUAAUCUUCAUGUAUGGUCCAUCCCAGGGCUGUGGAGGUAUUAUUCAUGUAUCAGAUAAUCCUCAGAUAAUUCAGUCAGUGGAUAUUGAUCAUAAUGGGCAAUAUGAAUCUUUCCUUGAUUGUCACUGGACAAUUCUUGCAAAUGUAUCAAGUAUAAUUCAUCUAGAGUUUGAUUCCCUCAACAUUGAAACAUGUCACAGUCCUUUACAAGCAAGCACAGAGUGCAGUUGCGACUAUAUUGAGGUACGUGAUGGAGGCAGCCAAUACUCAGAGUUGCUGGGAAAAUUCUGUGGCAAUCAAAUUCCACAGAAGAUCAUCACAUCCUCAGACCACAUGUGGGUACGCUUUGUAUCUGAUGGAACCUACAAUGCUCCAGGGUUCAGAGCACGAGUUUUUCAGAGAGCAUCCCCAUGUGGUGCUCCAGUUCUGAAUGUUGGACAUGAACCACAAGAAAUAAAAUCUCCUGGAUACCCAGGAAAUUAUCCAGCAAACAUCCGUUGCCGAUGGUUGUUAAGUGGUCCUCCUUAUGAAUCAAUUGAUAUUCAUAUAGCUGAUCUCCAGAUCAGUGGUGGCGGACAGAACUGUGAAAAAGCAAGACUGAGUGUGAAUGAUAGGCGGAAUGCUGAAUAUAUCAGAGAAGGCCUUGGUGAGAUGAUGGUAUAUAGUGGGAAACGAAAAGAGGGCUAUGUUUAUGGUUUUAUGGCUGAUCCUAUGGCUUCUGCAAAAUUCUGUGGAACUGUUCAGCCCAUGGAUUUUUAUUCAGGCACUGGUGAUGUUGAAAUAAACUUCAUAGCAUCUUCUGAAGUUGAUCGUGGUUUUAAACUUAUAUAUUCCUCAACAGGUUGUAAUCGUAAUUACUCCCAUGUGCAAGGACGGAUCCAGCUUGACAGAUUUACAGCUUCAUGCACAAUAGUGAUUUCAGCACCUCAGAAUAGUACAAUAUCUUUAUAUGUAUCUGACUUCUAUAUUGGUGGUGACUGCAGUGCAGACAGUAUGAAAGUAUAUGAUGGAGGUUCAACCUCUGCUCCAUUACUGUCAACUAUGUGUGGCUAUAAAUUACCUGAUCCUGUGUUUUCUUCUGGACCACUUUUGCUACUGCAGCUGACACGCCAAGCUACAUACUCAAUAACUAAUAUUGAUCUCACAUACACGACAACUGAUAAAGGUAAUGGCUGUGGAGGCAAAUUAUUUAACACGGCAGGCACAUUCAGUAGCCCUAUGUAUCCAACAAACUUCCGAAAUAUGUCUGACUGUCAGUGGGAGAUUUCUGUUCCUAAAAAUUUGCAUCCAUAUCUCACAUUUAGGCAGUUUAGUAUUGGUUCAAGAACAACCUGCAGCACAGACUUUUUGGAGAUCUAUGACUUGAAUCAGGCCACUGGUGCAAAAACACUCCGCACAAAAUAUUGUGGAGAGGACCAGCCAGCACCAUUUGAAGGAGCCACGACGACUACUGUUGUCCGAUAUGUGACUAGUGUUCAUAAUGGUGGAAGUGGAUGGUUCAUACAUUUUAUAGCAAAACACCCAGAGUCCACAAUAAUUGCAGUUUGAAUGUGCUGAAGAUGUGGAUAAGAGGAGGAUGGAGUGCUGAGGUUUCUUCUUAUCAUGAUAUGAAACUCCCAUGCACAUGAAUUCAUGAAAAACAACUUGCUGUAGUUAUUGUACAUACAUUCAAUAUACAGAGCUCUGUAUUUUAUCAUAGGAUAUUUGAGAAUUUUUUACUGUAAAGAAGACUGUAAAUAUUCUAGUCCAUACCUUGGUAAUAAAACAACUUUAAUGUUC